GUGCAUGGAAAAAAGCUUAGUGCAAACAGAGGAUGAGAAGAAGAGGAAUAGCGGUGGAGAUGAGGCUUCCAGAGGCAGUUCAAGGAAGGAAUUACUGUACCCCGCUAUAUCUGAAGCCAAAAACUAUGGCUUGAGCACAUUUGGCUUGAGCUAUCUACAGAAUGACAGCCGCUUUCUGUGCCAUUUCAUUCUAAUGCAUUCAUAUCAGCAAUAAAUAAGGGGAGAGUGAGGGAAAACAGAAUAAAUCUCGUCAGAGUUGAUGUUUUGGGAAAUGUAACUUCAAAAAGAGGAUCUCAAAGGAUUUUGACUGGAACUGAACAAGACUUGCUGCUUGCUGCGGAAAAAUAUUCAGAAUAGCAUGAGGGAACUUCUAAGGAGGGAGCCACACAAAUUUGACCCCACAUUCAGAGGACCUGUUCACAGCAGGGGCUGCACAGACGUGCUUUGCUGUGUGAUCUUUGUCAUCGUCAUCCUCGGUUACAUCGUUCUGGGAACAGUGGCUUGGAUGCAUGGGGAUCCCCGGAAAGUGGUCUACCCGACAGACAGCUAUGGGCAGUUCUGUGGACAGCAGGGUACUCCUAAUGCAAAUAAAGCCAUAUUAUUUUACUUCAAUAUUUUACAAUGUGCAAAUCCUACUGUCCUCAUUAACCUCCAGUGCCCUACAACUCAGCUGUGUGUAUCCAAGUGCCCAGACAGAUUUGCCACAUACAUCGACAUGCAAUACAACUAUAGACGCAAUAAGAGCUACUGGGAUUACUACAAGCAAUUCUGCAAGCCGGGCUUCAACAAUCCUGAUAAGCCAGUUUCUCAGGUGCUUCGGGAUGAAGAUUGUCCCUCAAUGAUUGUGCCAAGCAGACCAUUUCUCCAGAGGUGCUUUCCUGAUUUCAUCACCAGAAACGGGACAUUAACUGUUGCCAACAAAACAAGCUUCAAAGACGGACACGGUCAAAUCAGAAGCGUCAUCGAUCUGAGAGAUGCAGCAAAUGGAAUCACCAGCCUGUUGGAUGCAAAGGAGGUGGGCGUCAAAAUCUUUGAAGAUUACGCCAGCUCGUGGUUUUGGAUUUUAAUUGGUCUGGUGAUAAGUAUGCUGGUCAGUCUGAUCUUCAUUCUGCUGCUGAGGUUCACCGCUGGCGUUCUCUUCUGGAUGGUGAUCUUUGGGGUCAUUGCCGCUGUGGGCUAUGGAAUAUGGCAUUGUUACUGGGAGUACAGUUCACUCAAGGGGAAGCCGGACUCUGACGUCACCAUCUCAGACAUCGGAUUCCAGACGGACUUCAGGGUUUACUUGCAGCUGAGUCAGACCUGGCUCAUAUUCAUGAUCUCCUUGGCUGUCAUUGAAGCUAUCAUCAUCUUGGUACUGAUAUUCCUGAGAAACAGAGUUCGGAUUGCCAUUGCUCUUCUAAAGGAGGGCAGCAAGGCAAUUGGCUGCAUCAUGUCAACACUGUUCUAUCCCAUCAUCACCUUCCUGCUUCUGGCUCUUUGUAUUGCAUACUGGGCUGUUACAGCUGUUUUCCUGGCAUCAUCUGGAGAUGCAGUAUAUAAAGUAAUGUCAACGCUACCUGACUGCAAGUAUACCAACCUCACCUGUGACCCAGAGACCUUCAGCCAAUCCAACGUGACUAAACUGUGUCCAGGCUCCCAGUGCAUGUUUGCUUUUUAUGGUGGGGAGAGUUUGUACCACCGUUACAUCUUUGUUCUCCAGCUCUGCAAUUUGCUGGUCUUUCUCUGGCUGGUUAAUUUCACCAUCGCUCUGGGCCAGUGCACCCUUGCCGGGGCGUUCGCCUCGUAUUACUGGGCCUUGAGGAAGCCAGCGGACAUCCCACCUUGCCCCUUGGCUUCAUCGUUUGGCAGGGCUUUAAGGUAUCACACCGGCUCUCUUGCAUUUGGAGCUUUGAUUCUGUCCAUUGUACAGUUCAUCCGGAUUAUUCUGGAGUAUCUCGACCACAAACUGAAAGGUGCUCACAAUGCAUUUACACGCUUCCUGCUGUGCUGCCUAAAAUGCUGUUUCUGGUGCCUAGAGCACUUCAUCAAGUUCAUGAACAGGAAUGCUUACAUUAUGAUUUCAAUAUAUGGGAAGAAUUUCUGUGCCUCGGCGCGAGACGCUUUCUUCCUGUUAAUGAGGAACGUUAUGAGAGUUGCUGUUCUGGACAAGGUGACUGACUUCCUGCUGUUCUUGGGCAAACUGCUGAUCUCAGGGAGUGUGGGUGUCCUUGCAUUCUUUUUCUUCACCCGCCAAAUACCAGUAAUCCAGGAAGAGGUGCCGUCAUUAAAUUAUUAUUGGGUCCCUCUGCUGACUGUGAUUUUUGGAUCAUAUAUGAUUGCACACGGGUUCUUUAACGUCUAUGCCAUGUGUGUAGACACAUUGUUCCUCUGCUUCUUGCUUGAUCUGGAGAAGAACGAUGGCUCUGCGACCCGUCCGUAUUACAUGGGCAGCACCCUGCGUGCCAUUCUCAACAAGAAGAACCACAAGAGACCAGAGGAGAAAAAGAAACGUAGAAAACAAAAGGAUCAAUCAAACAAAAGGCACUAACAUUUUUUUUUUUUUUAAAUAAAUAAAUAUUCAGGCUAUUAUGGUAAAUCGACUGAUUUAAGCAAUAUUCAGUCAUGUAUGUAUAUACUUUUUUGUAUAAUAAAUCUCAUUCAAAGCCCAAAAAUGUAAAUACAAAACAGCAUCUUUCUGUUUAUUAUGCAAGUACAUAUAAUUGACAGUAAGCAAUUGAAUGGAGAUAUAUAUAUAUAUAUAUAUAUAUAUAUAUAUAUAUAUAUAUAUAUAUAUAUAUAUAUAUAUAUAUAUAUAUAUAUAAUAACCAUUGCAUUCUGUUAGCACCCAUUCAGGGUGAAACUGCCAAUUCUCUCAUAUUGAGAAAAUGUCCGGUAACAUUUAUUUGCUCUUCACUAAAUUACAUUUUUCUCAACUUUUGUAAGUUGUUUUUAUAAUUGCAGUUCAGCUGAAGUGCCUUAUUCCACCACGCAGUUAACAGCUCUUUUAACCUCAACCACAUGUUGAUAAGAGCCCUUUUCUGCUGUGCAGAGCUUAUAACUAUAUUUAUUCCUUCAUUACUUAUUCAUCCAUCCAACUGCAUUUCUCAUCACGCCUAUUGCUCUCUAGCAGUAGGAGGUGAUUUUUAUUGUGUCCGUUCACACUUUAUUUUAGCCCAGGAAGGACUUGAAUUAAUCUUAAUAACACCUUGAUAUGAAAAGUAGUGGUAGUCAUUUUAUGCCAACUUAUUUCUGCUCAUAUUUUAAUGGCGUUAAUUUGAAUUAUUUGUUUGUCAUUUUAAUGUUUUUAUAAUUUUUUUUGCUGUAGUUUUUCAUUAAGUAUUAAGAGUGUAUUCUUUACCAGCUGUAUGUUGUUUAAAGACUUGAAUGUGCAUGUUCUGGAUUGUCAUUCAGCAUUCAUAAUUAAUCUAAAUUGCCUUUUGAGUUUAACACUUGUCUAAUCAUGUCUUUAAUAUGUAACUAUUUAAUUAUAAUUUACCAUAUGGGACAGAUGUUUACCAUUAUUGUAAACGUUGUGGUUAUUUUGUGAAGCUUAAUAGCACUGCAUGAUGUAUCCGAAGUGCAAGGAUAAUUUCAGAAAUAAAGCAUUUCAUAUAGA